UUCUCGGAACCGCCGUUCUGGGGGUUUUCGUAAUUCAUCCAACACCAUCUUGGAGAAUAUGUUGCUGGCAUCCAAUAACAAAGAAUCGUGCAUUUUGCGGUCCGAAAUCCACGGAACCCGUCAAAAUUGAUUUGAACGAAAAGUGCGAGACUGAUCGACGGAAUCGUUAGUGCGUCGAAGUGUUUGGUAAACGUCAGGUUGUUUGAGAUCGAGUUGCGAAACGACGGAGCGAAAUAUGGAGGCGCAACGUACGACGUUCACCGCAUUCGGACGGGUUAAAUUCGACGAGCACGCUUCCCGGAAAGCGAAACUAGUCAUCGGCGAUAGGAGAUGUUGAUGUUGGACGGAUUCAUGGGAGCCGUUCGCUGGAACACACCCACAUAUUUUUUGCGACUGGCCGACAUUUAAUUUUGUACACGGGCUAAAAUGUCAUACGCGUUCAACAUUAAGCCGUCCAGCGGUUGGAUCCACUCCGACAAAUUGAUCGAGAAACAGGGUGCCACGUAUGCUGUCAGGUACGUCGGCUGCCUGGAAGUGAAAGCUUCGAUGAAGACACUAGGUUUCAAAACAAGAUCAAGCGUAGCAAAAGAAUGCAUCAAUCGAGUGUGCGAAACCGCCGGUCUCAAAACCGCCGACAAGAAACGCAAAUUGGAGAAGAAAGUGCUGAAAGCCAUCGCCGACGUGCCCGACAUGACCUACGCGGGCAUGAACGUCAACUUGAAGAUAUCGAGUCUGAGUCUCACUUUAACGUCGCUGGAGACCAAUCAAGUUAUCGCCGACCACGAGAUGCCCAAAAUUUCGUUCGCAUCCGGAGGCGACAGCGACACAUUGGACUUUGUAGCGUACAUCGCGAAAGGGGCCAACGAUUUACGAGCCUGCUACGUACUAGAAUGCGGUGGCGGUUUGGCCAAAGAUGUGAUAUCAACAAUAGGACAAGCCUUUGAACUACGUUUCCAGCAGUUCAGCAGCAACAAAGUAGGCUUGAUGAAUGCCGUGUCGAUGGGUCAUCCGACGACUUCGUCAGGAGGCGACGCGGAUAAAGACUAUUACAACGAUCUGCCCGGUAAAGUUCCUCCAGAUGUGGGCCCGCCCCCGGUGCCGCCACUACCCACAUCUGUGCCACCAUUCACCACCCUCCCUCCCGUGCAAACCCCGAACCUCAUCGACUUAAACUCGGACAUAUUGGCACACGAUCCUCAUCACGAUUACGUCAACGACACCGUGGUGACGCCCCGGGAUGUCUUCGAUAUGCAGCCGUUUACGCGUGGCUUCAACAACCGGCCAGUGGAAAACGACCACCUGUCGCAGCUCCAGAACGAAAUAUGGUUCCACGGCCCCAUCAGCAGGGCGGAGGCUGAAAGGCUGCUAGUGAAGGACGGCGAUUUUCUCGUCAGGGAAUCGAUGAACACUGCCGGACAGUUCGUACUUUCCGGCAUGCAGGACAACAACAAGAAACAUUUGCUGUUGAUCGAUCCCGAGGGAAUUGUGCGCACCAAAGACAAAAGGUUCAACAGUGUUAGUCAUCUUAUUCAGUAUCACUACGAGAACGCUCUACCCAUAAUAUCGGCGGAGAGUGCUCUUGUGCUUCGGAAUAAAGUAGUAAGGUCUUCCUGAAAUGGUGAAUAUAUCUUAUCCAUUCUUUAUUUUUAUUUAUUGAGCAAAGUGUUUCAAUAUGUAAUUUUGGAAUACUUUGUUAUAUAAUUAACAAGCUUAGCAAGUGAACAAAUUGUAAACAUUCCAUGAUAACAUAAACUUACAAUAGUGUGAUUACCCUGAUUUAUUUCAUUGAUUAGUGAAUUAAAAGACAUUUACAUAUUUAACUGUAAUAUAAUCAGGUAUUAUGUUUUAUGCCUAACACAUGAAUUUGAUAUUUAAAAGACAAAAUGCAAUAUUAGGUUAUAAAUAUAAAUAGUAACUAUUUCCAUAGUUUAAAAUAAAACAUUUUAUUACAUAUUCAAGAACAUCGAAGGAAGAGAUACCAUCCUAUUAUUCAAUUGAAUUUUUAAAUCCUCUUUAUUAAUUCUUAAAAAGCUAUGGUAUAUUUUUAUGAUAUAUUGUAAUAGAGUUUUUUUAUUAACAUACAUCAUAAAACAAUAUUUAAUCUUUAUUGUGGCAUUACCUCGAAUCAAAUAGUUGUUAUCUAAUACUUUUUAUACUUUAAUUGAGUGAAUCUUGAAAAUUCACUUAAUUUAAAAUUUAUCACAAUGGUACUUAAAAUAUUUUGUACAUACUUAACACUGAAAUAUAUACUAUAUAACUUAAAAAAAUAGAUAUAGAAAAUAAUGGUUGGUUAUUCAUCAAUGCCAUCCAAUUAUUUUAAUUAUUACUGUGUAUCAAAUACUAUAGAUAAUGAUACAAUAGACUUUAUAUUUGAAUCAAAAUGACUUUUAAACUUCAGUUAUUCCUUGAUUGAGUAUCAUAGAAAUAGGUGCACAAAUCAUAAAUUUAAUUUGAAAAUUUUAAUUCUUACUGUUAGUUCAAACCACAGAGAAUGAAGCUAGGUGAAUUAUAAUUUGAAUUAAAAUGAAAUUGAAUCUCUGAUAAUUUCUUGAUCUGACCCAAAUGUUUUAGAGAAUUAGAAUAAAAAUGACAUUGAAUCUUUUAUCUUGAUCUGGCUUAAAUAUUAUAAUUAUUACUCUCAAAGAUGAAUUAAUUUGAGUCGAAGUGACUUUGAAACUGAAAAAUUGAUGUAAUAUUGGGUAUUUUUAUGACCAAUUUGAAUGUUCUCUUAACAAUGCUUGAGCAAUAUGUGCUGCCUUAUGAAAACUGUUCUUAACAGUGACAAUUUAGUAUUGAAAUUUCUAGUCAAACGAAUAAUUUUUUAGAUCAGAUUCAUGUGUUGUGGUGGUUGUAGUCAUUGGAACGAAUCAGGGCUUUGAUAAAAGCUAAACUUGUUUAAAAACUGACUGAGAUUUAAGUAAUAAUUACAAUAUUAGUGCCUAUCCAAGUGCUUUUCUUGAAUAUACCGGCAAGAAUUCAUAGGAUUAUGUCUAUAAGCAUUGUAACAACAUAAAUAAAUAAUAUUAAGGCCAUGUUAGUCAUUGAAUUGUAUUAAAUAUGUGUAUGUAUAUAUAAUAUUUUAUUUAUUCAAAUUGAUAUAUUUUAAUAUUAAUUGUAAAUUUUGCCAACGCACAAAAUUAUAAUUUUUUCUAUUUCAAUAAAUUAAAAACGGACCUGGAUAAAAAUAUUUAAAGCACAAAAGCCUGUCUGAGUACAAAAAACUGGUUUAUUUUCAAUUUAUUGGUAUGGAAAAAGUCGGUUUUGCAUGCAUGUAAAUAUGAUUAGAGCGAUUUUCUGCAAUGGAAAAAGUUCGCCGUUACUUUGAAAAAAAAAUUGUGAUUUAUUGUGCCGAGAUAUGUAUUAUUUGCUUGAAAUACAAUGAUAUUUUCUAAAAA